AGAGACAAGAACACUAUGAACGGCGGUAGCGAUAGCACGGACGACAGGGAGGAGGAGGGAGGAGGAGGAGGGAGAGGGAGGAACUGGGACCAGGCGGUUCAGUCUGGCUUCGUGGAGACCGCAGUGCCUGGAGCAACAUAUGGUAAAGAAAGAGCUUUAUGUCUUCCUGUACAUUCUCGUCGGCUUGGUGCAUGGGGCUGCUCUGACGUACACCAUUUCUGUCAUUUCUACCGUUGAAAGACGACUCGGAUUGGACAGCAGACUGACAGGCUCGUUGCUCGCCGGCCAUGACAUGUCGCAGGUGGUCUUUUCGCUGAUCCUGAACUACCAUGGCAGGUGCAGUCACCGGCUUCGUUGGAUCGGCGUCGGGAUGGUGUUCGUGGUGGCGGCUUGUCUCUCGGCUGCCAUCCCGCACCUCCUGUUCGGCUUUGGGCGAGACGGCUUCGGGGCGGAGCUGGCUGGCUUCGUGGGGAACGGGACGAUGGCGAUCGCUGAGAAUACGCGAGACCUAUGUUUCUUCGUCGGCGAUGAGAACUGCGGAAGUGACGUCACAGCAGAAGCGCUCCUGGGCACUGUUCUCUUGCUCUUCAUCUCACAGUUCUUCAUGGGCAUCGCUGUCACCAUCUUCUACACCGUGGGAGUCACCUACGUGGAACACAACAUUGACAGGAGAACGUUUCCUCUAUAUUACGGCGUGACACUGUUGCUAAGAGUCCUGGGGCCCGUGCUGGGGUACCUGCUCGGGUCCCUCUUCUUCAAGGCGUGGAUCGACCCGGCCAAGACACCGAGCCGCACCUACAAGAACUCGGAGUUACUCGAUGUUUGGUGGACUGGGUCCCUGUGCAUCCUGUGUGGUCUCGCUGUCUCUGGGAGCCUGUCGUUCCUUUUCCCUCGCCGUGCUCCCGAGUCGUUCAGGCAGAGAAUAAGGAAGAUUCUGGCGAAGGAGAAGGUUGAGGAGGAGGCGAGUCCAGCGGAGUCGAAGGCGAAGGAAUCUCAGAUCAAACAGAGUCUGAAAGAAGCCUGGGAGUCAGCCAGGCGAAUUUUCACCAACAAGAUCUGGGUGUUAAACCUCUUCAACACAACCCUUUUCGCCCUUGCUGUGUCCGGGUACUGGAGCCUGAGGCCGAAGUACCUCGAGAGCCAGUUCAGAAAGCGGUCGAUAGACGCGAACUUCUACAUAGGUCUCUCGAGCCUCCUCUCGCCCAUGUUCGGGAUGGGUUUGAGCGGCGUCAUCCUGCUGUGGAUGCGGCCGAAGGUGAAGGUCCUGAUGGCAUACAGCGUCUUCGUUACUCUCUGUGGCGGCGCUGCGUACGUCGGCCUCAUCUUCGCCGGAUGUCCGAAGCUCGACAUUGUUGGUCCCGUUGCAGGGUCUCUGACGCCCCCGUGUUCAGCUGACUGUGGGUGUUCAGGCAGGUUCUCCCCAAUGUGUUCUGAAGAUCAAAUAACACUCUUCUAUUCGCCCUGUUACGCCGGCUGUACCGUGGCCAGCACUGCGAACUCCACUGUAGGUCGAGAGCUCCUGGGUUAUCGCCUCCUUCACCAUCGCGCUUUGACACCCACUUUCACCACCACCCUUAUCACCUCACCUUGCACCACCACGUCUCGCCCAACUCACUUCACACCAACCCUCACCAUCACCUAUCAACCCACGCACUCCGCAAUCAACUUAUCGACCCCACCACUCACCAAACUUGCACUCAACCACACUCACCUUCACCACACGCCCUCACUCACCAAUACCUUCAACGACCACCUCUCAGCCACUAACCUUCGCACCACGCCAACCAGCAUACACCAUUCCCCCUUAACGCGCGACAACCAGAAUGACUAUGCCGCAGGGAGCCAAUUGACAGCUAUAGCACCAGGUAGGAGGACAAGAGACGCCUAG